AUGUGGGAUCCAACUCACGUACAAGUUACAGUGCAACGAGCUAAAGGCUUACUUAUUAAAGGCAAAAACGGUACAAAUAACUGUUUUGUUACAAUCUCGCUUGCAAAAGAAAAAUUUCAAACUUCUGUAAAACAUAAAGCUACAGAAAAUGUUGAAUGGUAUGAAGAAUGUGAAUUACGAAUUCCAUCUCAGGGUAAUACUGCUGAAAUAGUUUUAAAAGUUUACGAUGAAGACUUUGUUAAGGAUCACUUAUUAGGUCAGAUAUCGAUUCCGUUAAAAGAACUCGACGUGUAUGAACGACCAAGAAACCGCUGGUACACUCUCCAAGGAAAAUCAGGCAAGGAAAAUGAUAAAAAUAGGGGUGAACUGGAAGUUAAAAUUGGUUUUACUGUUAAAGAAGGAAGUUUAAAUGACCUUAGUAAAAAGGACAAGCACAAAUCAUCUUUAUCCAGCAUUGCUCAGAAUGUUGGAGGUAGCCUCAUGAGUAUUGGAAGCAUUGAAAAACGUAAAGGCCUAAAAAAAUUAGCAAAAAAUUUGGGGUCUAAGAUGAAUUUGACAAAAAAGGAUAAAAAGAGUGAAUCUUUAUCAUUAGGUGGCAGUGUCGGGAAUCUUAGAACUUCUGUGUUGUCUACUCCAGAUACAUCUACUCCAAAGAGAUCUUCAGCUGAAGCAGACCCAGGUGUUAUUAGUGAAGAUGAAGAUGAAUUUGCUUUUGACGACUUAUCACAUAAAAGUUCUGGAAGCUCUCUUAAUGUUCAAACCUCAUUUGCACCCAGAGGAGUGAAAUAUACACCAUCCCCUGUUAAUGCUUCACUUGAAAAUUUAGGUGGAGGGGAAUUCUUAAGACGAUCUACAAGUAGUACUUUAGCAGUGCCAGAAAAAACAGCACCCCUCAAACCAGUUCGUUUGAGUCUUGAUACAUUUACAGCUCCACAAUUACCAAUGCAAGUUCUUAAUAAAGACGAUGAGUGGUCUCAAAAACUCUAUCCUAGAAAAUCAAUCAGUCAAACUAUGAUAGACAAAGAGAAAUCUUCAAGUCUAGAAAGAAACAAAAAGUUGGACAGUCCCAGUUCACUUAAAGAGAAACCCAGCCCUAAAUUCUUUAAAAAGUUUGGCAAUAAUAAACAAAAAAAACUUUUAGAAGAAAGAAUUAUAGUUGGUGAGGAAAACAUUGUUGAGGAAGAUACUAUUAAUCCUGCCUUUAAUAAUAUCCCUAAAACAGUUCUUCAACAAUUUAAUGAUAUGACCCGAGAAGAUCUCAUAGUCAUGAUUUAUAACUUACAAAAGGAUGUUGAUUCAGAAAAGAAAAAAAACAAAGAUCUUGAAAAUUAUUUAGAUGAUUUAUUACUGCGAGUAAUGGAAACAACACCAAGGAUUCUACAAAAUCCUUAUGUCAGAAAUAAUAGUAUGCAUAUUAGAAACAAA